CUUUGCUUACUGGCAUGAACUCUCAAGCAAUACAGCGAAUCAGAAUUAAACCUUUUACUUAUGCAAAAUUAUUUUUCACAUGAUCUCGUGAGAGGCUUCCACGUUUUAUUUACCCACCGUGUAAUCUUACUGACUUUGCCCAGUUUGUUUAAGAUAUGGCAUCUGAGUGCUGCCUCAGUCUCACCAAAUACUUCCUCUUUCUUUUCAACUUGAUAUUCUUUCUCUUAGGAUCCCUCCUCUUAUCUCUGGGACUAUGGAUAACAUUUUCAGAGACCAGCAUUUUCACAUCCCAUCUUCCCUACCUUUCCAUGUCUCUAUUCUCCUACUUGCUGAUCGCCAGUGGCUCUGCGACCAUGGCAUUAGGCUUCCUAGGAUGUCUGGGUUCUCUGAAGACUGUCAAAUGCCUGCUGGCAACUUAUUUCAUCCUGCUCUCAGUUCUUCUUACGGCUCAGAUAAUGGGUGGGGUUCUUGUCUACACCCAGAAGACUGAGUUUGGCAGUUUACUAAAGGAUCGUACUCUUGAAUUAAUAAAGUCACUUACAAGGAAUGACUCCAGAGAGUACAGUCUUGAGGCUUUUAAUCAGACUCUACAUUACAUUCAGAAAGAGAUUAAAUGCUGUGGUUGGGAUGGGGAAGGAGACUGGGGGAAUUAUAUACCUUGUUCCUGCGUCUACACAGUCAAUGCCACUGUCAAUGCGACGGAUGAAACCCAAGCUACAACAUUAUGUCAAAAAUGUUCCACAAAUGUUACCAUUUCAAAUCACACAUCAUGCCGGAUUCAUAAGAAGGGUUGCGGUGACGAUAUUAUAAAGUGGCUGGAAGCAAAUCUCCUCUUAAUUUUGGUGGUUAUUUUGGCAAUUUCUCUGGUGGAGAUAUGUGGUAUGAUCCUUUCGAUGUGUCUGUAUAAGCAGGGUCCUGUGGAUUACAACAUCAUUUUUAAAUAAGACGACCAUGAUCAGUGAGGGGGAAAACGUCAAGUAGCCUAUUCAUUUUCUCUCAUUCAUAAAUUUGAUGUUUUGUUGAUGUCUUUUUAAAUGAGAUUGUUCAUUUUCUGUGGUAUUUUAUCGUUUUAUACAGAUUUUUUUUAAUCCUGUAAGACAGACAAUUGUUGAUUUUCCUUGUUAUUCAGAUGUGUGUAAUAUUAUUGUUUUGUUAUUCAGAUGUGUGUAAAAUUAUUUUAGUAAUUGUAAAAGUCAAAUUUGAACCUGUUCUUAUAAUUUUUAAAUGAUAUAAACUUUCGUUUGAUUCUCAGAA